CAUUUCUGACGUCACCGAAGGUGAUGACGGAGAGAAGGAGAUUCAGAGUUGACUUUUUUUUUACUGAAGGCUGUUUAACCUAGUUUAGCGGUUUAUCGAGUUAACCGUGCUACGAUGCUACAUUUAAUAAGUUUAACUGGUGCGGGAAUUUAUUAUUUUAUGAAGAAGCGAAGAGAUGGAGAGAAAACAGCGGAGCACACGGACACACCGGACCCCGAGGACCCAGUACAGACGGGCUCUUUGCUGGAUCCAGGCUUGAAGUGUGGGGAUGAAACACAGACGGACAGCGCUGUUCCUCAGGGGUCUGUAAGCGAGGCUGAGGAGAAGAGUCAGAAGGGGGAGGUGUCCGGUUCUCUGCUGGACAGUGAGAGGUCCAUCCUGGAGGAGCAAGUGAGGGAGGUGGAGGAAGUGCUGUGUGAGGCAGAGCGAGAGAGUGAGAGAAAACACAAGGUCACUCUGGCUGAAUCUGAGGAGAAACACAAGCAGGCGACGGAGUCCGUUGAACAGAUGCAGAAGCAGGAUGCUGACCUAAAGUCCCAGAUAGACACACUGAAGGACACAGUGCAGCAGUUGGGCCACCUGCUCACUCAAAAACACACAGAGUGCACUGACACAACAAGGUUGUACGAGACAGAGCUAAACCUUCGCAAGCGUGUGCAGUCCGAGUACAAACAGAAGAAGGAGAAGUUUAAUCAGGAAACCAGAUCUCUGAGGGUUGCUCUGAAUGAAGCCGAGUGGAAAUACGAGCAGGCGAUGGAGUUCAGUGCUCAGCUGGAGAACUCCAGCCUGAAGGAGUGUGAGAGAGAGAAGGAGGCUCACAGUGUCCUGAAGGUCGAUCAGAUGACUUCAACACAUCACGAGGAGUUACUACAGGGCAUUCAGGCUAAAGCUACAGAGCUUUACAGGGAGUCCCACGAUCACCUGAAGAGGGAAGAGUUGAAAAACGAGGUGAACAAACUGCGAGAGUCAGUGCAGCAGCUGGAGAGAGAGCUCUCUGAGUCAUGCAGGAAAUGUGAAGAGAUAAAGAGAGAGUGUGAGAGAGACCAGGAGCAUCACAGUGUCCUGAAGUGUGAUCAGAUGACUUCAACACACCUCUUGGAGUUAGUACAGGUGUCUCAGGCUGAAGCUGAGGAGAAAUUUGAGUACACUGCUCAGCUGGAAAAUGAGAACUCUGACCUGAAGUCCCAGGUGAACACACUGCAAGACACAGUGCAGGGGUUGAGGAGUCUGAUCGCUGAGACACACAGGAAGUGUGAAAAGACAAAAAAGGAGCAUAAGGUAACAGAGGGCAUCCUUCAGUUCGUGGAGACCAGGGCCAGAAAACGGGAGAGAUUUUUAAUUCAGAAAAGAAAAUCCAUUCAGGAAUCUCUGGAUGAACGUGAAAGAAAAUACAUGGAGAUGGUAAAGAUCGACACUCGGCUGCGGUACGAUUUGCGUGACAUAUGGGAUAAAAUUGCCAAAUCGAAUGCGGAAAAGAACUCGUUGAAAGAGAAAGUCCAAGUGACCCGGAGGACGUUAGAGCAGAGAACGCAGGAGUUAGUGCGAAAAACUCACCAGCUCGCGCAGAUAGACCCCAACUGGAAAUGUCUUAAUGAAACUGUGAUGAAGGAUCAUGAGGCUGAGUGUCUCGCUCACGGACUCCUGAAGGUGCAGUACAGUGAGAUGAAGCAACAACACGACAAGUUAGAAGAGGAUAAUGAGCAAUUGAGGGAGGCUUACAGCACCCUGGAGUCACAGUAUGAAGAAUUAAAACACCACCAUGGGUCACAAAUGGAGUGUGAGCGAGAGCAGGAGGCUCACCAUGUACAGAAUGUGCAGUGCCAUGAGAUGAAGGAAUCUUCAUCACACACUGAGGAGUCAGUAAGGGUGGACAGACAGCAAAGCUCAGUGCAGCAGGCGGAGGAAAAGCUCACCGCGAUACGGAGGAAGUGUGGUGAGAUAAAGAGGGAGAGGAAGAGAGAGCGGGAGGAUUACAAUCUCCUGAAGGCGCGGUGCCAACAGAUGGAGGAAACUUUACAAGAGUAUGAAGAGUUACUAAAGACCCACUGUACAGAUCUUGGAUCCAAAGGCACUACGGAUCCCUGAAGCACAAGUGACUGUCGAGGGCCGUGUUUAACAUCUGGAUAAACAAAGUCAUAUGAUGACAGUGUAAUAGUACUUACUAUACAGGUACAUCUCAAAAAAUUAGAAUAUCAUGAAAAAGGUCAAUAUUUUUUGUCACUCGGCUCAGAAAGGGAACCCCAUAUAUUAUAUAGAUUCAUUACACAUAGAGUGAAAUAUUUCAAGCCUUUAUUUCUUGAAAUUGUGAUGAUUAUGGCUUACAGAUAAGGAAAACCCAAAAUUCUGUCUCAGAAAAUUAGAAUAUUACAUAAGAUCAAUACAAAAAGGAUAUUUCAAACAGGCUUCUGAAAAGUAUGUUCAUUUCUAUGCCCUCAAUACUUGGUUGGGCCUUUUGCAUGAAUUACUGCAUCAAUGUGACGUGGCAUGGAGGCAGUCAGCCUGUGGCACUGCUCAGGUGUAAUGGAAGCCCAGGUUGCUUUGAUAGCGGCCUUCAGGUCAUCUGCAUUGUUGGGUCUGGUGUCUUUCAUCUUCCUCUUGACAAUAACCCAUAGAUUCUCUAUGGGGUUCAGGUCAGGCGAGUUUGCUGGCCAAUCAAGCACAGUAACACCAUGGUCAUUGAACCAGCUUUUGGUACCUUUGGCAGUGUGGGCAGGUGCCAAGUCCUGCUGGAAAAUGAAAUCAGUAUCUCCAUAAAGCUUGUCAACAGAAGGAAGCAUGAAGUGCUCUAAAAUUUCCUGGUAGAUGGCUGCGUUGACUGUGGACUUCAGAAAACACAGUGGACCAACACCAGCAGAUGACAUGGCAGCCCAAAUCAUCACUGACUGUGGACACUUCACACUGGACUUCAAGUAACAUGGAUUCUGUGCCUCUCCAGUCUUCCUCCAGACUCUGGGACCUUGAUUUCCAAAUGAAAUGCAAAACUUACUUUCAUCUGAAAAGAGGACUUUGGACCUCUGACUUCUGACAUUGUCUCUGGUUCAGGAGUGGCUUGACACGAGGAAUGCGACAUUUGUAGGCCAUGUCUAGGAUUCGUCUGUGUGUAGUGGCUCUUGAUGCGCUGACUCCAGCCUCAGUCCACUUCUUGUGAAGCUCCCCCAAAUUCUUGAAUGGAUUUUGCCUGACAAUCCUCUCAAGGCUGCAGUUUUCCCUCUUGCUGGUGCUUCCUUUCACUCAACUUUCUAUGAAUAUACUUGGAUAGCAUUGACCUUUUGUGGCUUACCCUCCUUGUGUAGGGUGUCAAUGACAGGUCAGCAGUCUUCCCCAUGAUUGUGUAGCCUACUGACCCAGACUGAGAGAUCAUUUAAAAGCUCAGGAAACCUUUGCAGGUGUUUUGAGGUAAUUAGCUGAUUAGGGUGUGACACCAUGACUUUCCAAUAUUGAACUUUUUCACAAUAUUCUAAUUUUCUAAUUUAAUUCUAAUAUCUGUAAGCCAUAAU